AUGGCGGUAGAGGAAGCACAGCGACAGGGAGAGAAGCUGGAGGCAGCAGCAACUGCAGCAACAGCAGCAGCAGCAGCUUCUGCUGCUGCUGAGACAGCUGCUGCUGCUGCCGAAAGUGCUGCUGCUGCUGCUAGUGAUGCUGCUGGUGCAGCAGAUAUAGCAGCAUCUGCAGCAGAGACUGCAGCAGCUGCAGCAGCUACAGCAGCAGCAGCAGCAGCAGAGACCCCAGCAGCUGCUGCUGCCGAAGAUAAGAAGACACAGGAAGAAGAAGCAGAUAAGCAGCAGCAGCAGCAACAGCAGCAGCAGCAGCAGCAGCAACCUGCUGCUGCGAAGAAGCAGCAGAGACGCAAGAGCUCAACAGCAGCAGCAGAUAAAACACAGCAGCAGCAGCAGCAGCAGCCGCAGCAGCAGCAGGAAGACGAGGCAGCUGCUGCAGAUGCUGCAGCAGCACCAGAAACAGAAGCAGCUGAAGGAGCAGCAACAGCAGCAGCAGGCAGCAAGAAGACAAAGAGUCGUGGUGCUGCUGCUGCUGCUGCUGCUGCUCGACCCUCAACAGCAAGACAGGCAGCUGUUGCACAGAAAGCAGCAGCAGCAGCAAAAGAAGCAGCAGCAGCAGCAAAAGAAGCAGCAGCAGCAUUGAAGGAUGCAGCAGCAGCAGCAGCAGCAGCAUCGGGAGCCAGUGAUACUGAAGGCGACAGCAGCAGCAAAAGCAGCAGCAGCAAGACCGCCAAGGACAGCAGCAGCAGCAGCAGCAGCAGCAGCAAGAAUGCUAAGGAAAGAAGCAGCAGCAGCAGCAGCAGCAGCAGCAGCAGCAAGGACGCAGAAGAAGCAGAAGAAGAAGAUGCUGCUGCUACUGAGUCUGAUGCAGCAUCUGCUGCUGCAUCACCGAAGGCAGCAGCAGCAGCAGCAACAAAAGCAGCAGCAGCAACAGCAGCAGCAAAGAAAGCAGCAGCAGCACGAGCACCCAAGGCAACAAAGACAGAGAAGAAGACAGCACCUCGCGGUGCUGCUGCUAGCCGAAGCAGCAGCAGCAGCAGCAGCAACAGGGGCAAGGCUACAACAGCAGCAGCAAAAGCAAAGGGAAGCAAGGGCCGUUCUCCUGCUGCUGCUGCAGCAGCAGCAGCAGCAACAAAGAAACCUACAGCAGCAAAGAAGACAAUCGAUAAGAAGAAGACACAGGCAGCAAGAGCAGCAAAAGCACCAAAAGCUGCUGCUGCAGCAGCAGCAGCAGCACGAACCAAGAGCCCAGCAGCACGUAAGAGCAGCAGCAGCAGCAGCAGCAGCAGCAGCAGCAGCAGCAGCAGCAAAAGCAAACCAGCUGCUGCUGCUGGUGCGAAGAAGACAACUGCUGCACGCAGCAGCAAGGCUGCAGCAGGCAGCACAAAGGCAGCCCCCCAAAAGAAGCAGCAGCAGCAGCAGCAGCAGAAGCAGAAGCAGCAGCAGCAGCAGCAGAAGCAGAAGCAGCAGCAGCAGCAGCAGAAGACAGCAGCAACUGCUGCAGCUAAAAGCAGCAAAGCUGCUGCAGCGAAGCAGCCAGCAGCGAGAAAGAGCAACAAAUAA